CACGCUGCCUCCUUUGCUUGGCACAAACUUUCCUCCCGGGACGGAACACCCUGUCUCGGGGAGCCCGCGCGGUCUCCUUUGCCAAAUCCCCUUCCAUUAACUGCUGAAAUGGGUUGUGGAUUGAACAAAUUAGAGAAACGCGAUGAAAAACGGCCUGGGAAUAUUUAUUCAACUUUGAAAAGGCCUCAGGUGGAAACCAAGACCGACGUGUCCUAUGAAUACCGCUUCUUGGAGUUCACGACUUUGAGCGCUGCGGAGCUCCCAAGAUCCUCUGCGGUGAGGCUGGCGUCCCUGCGGGACCUUCCUGCCCAGCUCCUGGAGCUCUACCAGCAAGGCUUCUGGCUAGCUGCCUUGCAUCCGUUUGUGCAGCCAACCCGUGAGCAGGAGAAGACACCCCUCAAGCACAUCUUCAGGGCCAUCCUGGUCAAGAAAACAGAAAGAUCUCAGAAAACUGACCUCCACAAUGAAGGCUACAUCUUGGAAUUAGAUUGCUGUUCCUCCUUAGACUACUUGACAGACCAGAAAAUCAUCCCAGAGUUCAUCAAGAAGGUCCAAGAUGCCGCAAGUCAGGGCCUGAAAUUCGUUGGCGUUAUACCUCAGUACCAUUCCCCUAUGAGCUCAGCAGGCAGCAGCCCUUGGAUCCCAAUUGCCAACAGCAGCGGGGAUCCAGGAGAUUCGAGAAACGUGCCAGGCCAUGGGGAUCACACCUCAACGAAUAAGGAGAACCCCAGGGCUGCGGAUGUGCACAGCACACAGGCAGGGACCAACAGAAGCCCAGAGCCUGGCCUCGGUCCAAGAGGGCAGGUGCUCAUCGAGGAGGGAGAUGGUGGAGAAUUAUUAUCACAGCGGAUGAGUAAGACACUGGAGGGGCAGGACGGUAUGCCACUGGAAGAGCCACUCUUGGGAAAGAUGGAGAUCUUCACCCUUUUCAACAAACCCAAGAGCCAGCGGAAGUGUCGGCAGUACUAUCCUGUCACCAUUCCUCUCCGGGUCUCCAAGAAUGGUCAGACAGUGAGCAGUUUGGACGCCAACUGGUUGGAGCACAUGAGUGACCACUUCCGGAAGGGAGGCAUGCUGGUGAACGCAGUCUUCUACCUUGGGAUGAUGAAUGAUUCCUUACAUGGUUUGACAGAUGGAGUAUUCAUCUUUGAAGCUGUUUCCACAGAAGAUAGCAAAACCAUACAGGGCUAUGAUGCUAUUGUUGUCGAACAAUGGACAGUUCUGGAAGGUGUUGAGGUGCAGACAGAUUAUGUGCCCCUGCUGAACUCUCUGGCGGCGUAUGGCUGGCAACUCACCUGUGUGCUACCAACUCCUGUCAUCAAGACAACCAGGGAGGGGACUAUAUCCACCAAACAGAUUGUCUUUCUUCAGAGACCAUGUCUACCUCAGAAAAUCAAGAAGAAGGAAUCAAAGUUUCAUUGGCGAUUCUCCAGAGAAGAAAUGCACAACAGGCAGAUGAGGAAAUCCAAAGGUAAACUCAGCGUCAGAGGCAAACGACAGGCAGAAGAGAAUGAGAAGGACUUAGAUGACCAGUUCUUCAAAUCUGGAGUCAUGGGAAACUGUGUGCUGGGUCAACAUCAGGAGGACGGGGUCCAAGGAGAAGACGAAGAGGUGGCCUCCCAGGAGAUGGAAGACAAGUUGUGCCCUGAUGAUGGGAAUGGGUGUAGGGGUGUGGGGGACACCAUGCAGAAUGGCCCUGCUGCCCCAAGCAGGGCCCAGGAGGGCUGCACUGGGCCAUCUGAUCCGGGAGAGCAUGUCAGGGACGGCAGUCCUGAGGACAUCUCUGGAGAACCCGCCACACCAGAAGACAACUGA